GUAUUUUCAAGAUGGCUGCGCCCAUGAAAAAUAUUUGUUAUAUAUUUUCUUGAAAUAAAAAGAGAACUCCAUAUGAAUAAUGGACACCUACCGCCUGACUGUUUAUGUUACGUAUGAGCAGGAGAUGGCCAUUCAUGAGCUCUUCACAUACAGAGGCUGGACAUUUACCACAUGUAAUGAUUUUGACAACAUGAUCAUUGUAAAGUCUGAAGUUGAGCCACAAGAGGACUCUGUUACUGGUACAUCAUGUGUUAGUCUGCAUGAUGGAGACUACACCCAUGACAUGCCAAAGAUACUGCCGGACAACUCAACAAGCAAAGCAGAUUUGGAGAAUGUUGUUGUUGUAAAGUCAGAAGUCGAGACAGACAAUGAAUCAUGGUCAUCAAUUCCAGGUCGGCCAGAGGAGGACAAUUCCACUGCUAACAUGUCAAAUGUAGCAUUGGAAACAAAAUCAACUAGUGUCAACCCGGUUGUCAGUGGUCUUAUGUGCACAUUUAGUUCUGAUUUUAACACGGUGACUGGUCAUUUUUCAAUGACAUUAAACAAUAGAAAUAACAAUAAUGCAAGCCAAAUAAUGCCAGUGGAAACAGACAAUCAAGAAGACGGGGAAGGUCCAUUGCCAUUCACUUACACUUCAUCUGCCUAUCCAGAGGGAUUUCAAAACAAUGAUGUUGACUCAGGAAGAAAAUCUCAAGAGACAUGCUCUGACUUAUUAGACAACAACAGUGACCUAGUUGCACUGAAAACCAGAAAUAAGGCAUUACAGGUACAACAGAUGGAGACAUUGUCUAAGACAAAUCAAUACAAAAAGUCAAAUCAAAUUAGGAAUGAACUCCAGAAUGAGGGUGCAAAACUGGCAGGAUCUGAAGUUCCUCCUCCAGGAAAGGGACAAAUUCCUUUAAACAAAUCUAAACUAGAAGAGAUUGCAGACAGUUUACCUAUGAUAAAACGAAAACGUCCGAAAUAUAGUGAUCGAAAGAUGAAGUUUUUUUGUGAAUUCUGUCAAAAGCCUUUUCCAUAUCAUUACGACUAUUCCAUCCAUGUCAAUCGGCAUAAGAAAAAUAAAACAGAAAAAUGUCCUGUAUGUGAAAAGCUGUUCUAUGUAGGCGAUUUAUCGCAACAUAUGCACAUUCACAGUGAAAACCGGCAUAAACAUUUGUGUGAUAUUUGUGGAGAAAAAUUUGCACAAAGUGGCGGUCUUAAAUCACAUAUUUUCUUCAAGCAUGAAGAUCAUCCACAGAAAGAACAUAAAUGCUUCCUAUGUGAUUCAGCAUUUCUAACAGCCUCAUUAUUAAAGCAACAUGUGAAAAUUGUACAUUCCAUAGAAAGGCUCUUUACCUGUGAAACUUGUGGAAAAUCAUUUAAACAAAAGACAAAACUCAAGCGUCACUCUGCUGUCCACUCAGACGUGUACCCGUAUAAAUGUGAUUUCACAGGUUGUGAAAAAAACUUUAAAACAAAAGAUUUAUUGCGGAUGCAUUCAAAGAGACACAGCGGUGAAAAAACACACUUCUGUGAAACAUGUGGCAAGGGGUUCUACGAGACUAGUGAUUUAAACCUCCACAUUAGGACACAUACUGGCGUGAAACCGUGUGUAUGUGACAUAUGUGGCUUCAAAUGUGCCCUUCCUGGAAACCUCAAAAAGCACAAAAAAGUUCACAAAUAGUGACUUAAAUGUUUGGCCAAUUUGAUAUUGUUAUAUUGAUAUUGUGAUACUACUCAUUCAUUUAUUUAUUUAUUUAUUUUAUACAUUUUAUUCAUGGUCUCUUAAAAAUAUUGGUAAGCAAAAACAACAAUGAAAUCAACAUGUGUAGACAUUUAAAGAGAAUUAAUGAUUUCCCUUGAUAUGAAUAUAAUUUAAUAUAUAUGUUGUCUAAAAGUAAUUAUUUUUUUCUACCUUUCCCAUAAUUUUAGUGUUGACUGAAGAGAUGCCUUUUUGAGAUUUCUUAUGGCAUUGGUGGCAUCAUCAAUUGUUUCAAGCAUGAUCUCCUUCUAAACCAGCUAUGAUAAUUCUGAUGAAACUUCACAGGAAUGUUCAUUAGUUGGUGCCCUUUCAUUAUUGCUAAAAAAUGAAUUCCAUGCAGAACUCAAAUUGAAAAAACUUCUUGACAGUAACUGUACAACAUUGUAAAGUGGUCCUCUUCUAAUAUUGUUCAAAUUAAGCUCCUGGGGUCAAAAUUGACCAUGCCCUGAGGGUCAUUUGUUUUCAUAAAUAUAUAGAGUGAAAUCUUUCAAAAUCUUCUUGUAUGUAACCUGCUAGGCCCACACCCUUGAUUAUUUUGCAAUGUUGUGUCCUAAAAUGAUCCUCUACUAACUAUUCAGAUAAUUCCCUUGGGGUCAGCUGACUAUACCCCUUUUUACCUACUUUAUAAUUUUUGAAGCUAUAGCAAUGAAAUUUGGAGCAUGUGGUCAGUUUAUAAAACAUCUAUCAAUGUUGCCCCUCCAAUGACCUUGACUGUUUGUUUGACCUACUUUUUGAAUUUUGAGGCCACAGCAAUGAAAUUUGGAGCAUGUUUACAGUUUCAUAAACAAAUAUCAAUGUUGUGCUUGGAUGACCUUGACUGUGACCUUUUGACCUACUUUCUUAUUUUUAAAGCUUCAGCAAGGAAAUUUGGACCAUGUUGUCCUCGGAUUACUUUGAAUGUAUCCUUUUGACAUAGUUUCUUAUUUUUGAGGCUACAGCAAUCAAAUUAAGACACUGUUAAAAAUUUUAUAAAAAAUAGCUUUGAUCUGCUU